GACCCCGAACGCUUUCUUGCUAUAUUCAAACAGCAAGAGCAGCAGCGAGCAGCUUCUUCUACUUUUACUUCUACUACUCCUACUUAUUCAAUGUUCCUUUUCCAGUUUCUCUUCUCCAACUAAAUAUUCAUCUUAACUCAUAUUGUAUAUCAUCGCCCUCAUUACUACUCUUACUUUGAUUCAUAUUUUUGCUUGUCUCACUUUACGAAUUUACAAGGCUAUUUACUCCAAUAUAUACAACCCUUGUCGGCUUGGCAACUCCGCCCAAAGCUGCAAGUACAUAACCCGUUGGUCAACCACCAGAUCGGAAUGCAGCGCUACAGAGUUUCGUGAACCCAGAUUCGGUCGCGAUCCUCCCCUCCAUCUUCCAUUCGGAUAGAGUUCUUCUACUCCUCCCCAACGUGUAGCCAACCAAUUGGUCUUAUAGCAACCUUAGCCUUGGCCACGCGGCAGAAUCGACCUGUUACUUCUACUCGCCAUCUCUUUCCAUUGACGCUGGAAAUCUAGACAGACGGCGCCUAAAUACUCAUUCCUCCCCUGCCGCUUUCAACACCAAUACCUAGCUUCUCGAAUAUUAAACUGUACAGCGUAUACAACGACUUCUUUUUUGCUAUCAAAUAUAUAAAUAAUCGUCAUCAUGUCCGACUCGCAAGCAGACAGUGGCCCACCAUUAUUACGACCCAUCCCUCGUCGCCCAUUCCAAACCCAUAGAGAACCUACACCCCCCGAAGAUACCUCCUUUGUUCCUCCACCUCCUAACGAUUCGGAUUACAACACCGUGUUGAACCUUGAGUCUCUAAACUCUCGGCUACUCGAUCCCAUGAACAAUGCCUCCGCUCCCGAAUCCGCCUCCAUCAGCCGAGCGCAGUCUUCGCUUAACUUGACGGGCUCGACGCUAAUGGGCAUAUACUCACAAACCCCUUUCGGGAAAGAUAAGUUCUACAUGGGGGAUGAGCCUAAUACGCCUUGGGGAACCGGUGCGGAGACACCCGCUAAGAGCUUAAGCUCCGACAACCCAUAUUUCGAGAUACAAAAGGAGAGGGCGCAACCGACCCGACGGCGAUCCUCUCUACACUCCGUCACACGUCCGCAGCCUUUAUCCAUCCCGCAACGUGCGUUCUAUCUAGGCUCGCGUGGCCUCCUACUAUAUGGUUUAGGUGUGCUAUACGGAAUGUUAGUCGCCCAGUUACGAGAAAGACGACAACCGACGGGAACGUUCCAGAUGGACGAUGUACUUCAUGGUGGUAGCGGUGGCUACGAUGCUAAGUCCAUGGCUUUCUGGGGGAUAUCCGCGGUAGUAAUGGGCUGCUUAUUGCCCUGGUUCGACAAUGUUUGGGAACGAACUUUCGGACGCGAGGAAGAGGCUAUUGAGUCAGCGGGGGAGCACACCAUGGCAGCAGACCAUGUGGAAGAUGAUUCUUCAUGUUCCACCGACUGGCCGCUUGCGGUUAGAGGCAUAGGAGCUUUCAUUGGGAUUGCGUUUGCCAUUGUAGGUUUCCCGUCCCUAAUUUACCUGCACACGUGAUUCAUUACAUGAUCCGGUUUUGCUAAUAAAAAAACAGAGAAAGCUUCCGUGGGACUCAACUUUGCAAGUUUCGCUCACUUUGGCGCUUGUAAACCCAGUGCUCUGGUUUUUGAUAGAUCGUUCCAUGCCUGGGUUCGUGCUCGCGACCGCUGUGGGAGUGGCCGGCUCCGCAGUACUGUUAGGGUGGAAGCCGGAUAUGGUGCCAACCCCGGCAAACCCGUCCAUAUCGGCUUUCGGAACGUUCGGCGAUUAUGACAAUGUGACGGGUGGUGUCCCUAGUGAUUUUAGUCACCAACAGCAGCAGCAGGUAUUGUCAUUUGGCGGCAUGACAGUGAGUCAAGAAACACUGGGAAUAGCGAUCUGGGUGAUGAGCGUCUUGUUUUGCUGUUGUGUAUGUUUCGGAAACAUCGGACGGUGGCUCGCACUGAAUCGGGGCGCAGCAGUAAAAGGCCGAUGGGCUGAACGACGAUAAUUAGCUGAUCAUAUGAUACCUAGAUAGGGGCUUAUGGAGCGACGAACGAGACGGGAAAGAAAAUCCCGAUGUCCAAAAAAAA